AAAAGAAAAAAGAAAAAAGACAAAAGCCCACAGAGAAAACCCUAAUCCAUCGUGCCAGUUUAGAAUUUUCAGCUGCUCAGAUCACGAUUCGGUUCGUUUGAAUCUUCCCAUCGAAUUCCGAUGGAAUCAGGUACUGAGAAUGGUUGUGGUGUAAAUUCUGAAACUAUUGCAGAAGUAGGGUGGUAUAUACUUGGGGAGAACCAGGAACAUGUAGGCCCAUAUGCCUUUUCAGAAUUGCAAGAGCAUUUCUCGAAUGGGUACAUCUCCAAAAGUACGCUCUUAUGGUCUGAAGGGAGAAGCGAAUGGAUGCCAUUGUCCUCGAUUCCUGAAUUAUUUGCAGGGAUGCCUUUAAGUGCACCUGAUUAUUCUACAACAGAGGCCUCCGACCCUGAUGACGAUUUUGCUAAAUGGCAGAAGGAGGUCAGAGAGGCAGAGAUUGAAGCGGAGGCAUUGAAGCGCGGUGCUAGGUCAGGUGAUGUUGGUGGUGUUUAUGAACCGAAGGACUUGAAGGGAGAGGAUAUAUUGGAAGGAUCAGAGGCUGAUGCUGAUGACAGGCCUCUCACGCCUCCAGAUGGUGAGGAAGAAUUCACGGAUGACGAUGGUACUACUUACAAAUGGGACCGUGGUCUUAGAGCAUGGGUUCCUCAGGAUAGCUCUUUUUGUAAAAGUGAAGAAUAUAAAUUAGAAGAUAUGACUUAUUUGGAUGAGGAGGAGGUCUUUGCAACAUCAAAUGCUGAGGUAACCUCUACAGUGGAAGAAACAAAUGAUACUGCUGAUAUAGCAGAAGCCAAACCUGUGCUGAAGCGAAAGUUGCCUGAAAAGGAGACUGAAAAAAAGGAAGCAAAUAAACCUCCAGAUAGUUGGUUUGAUUUGAAAGUCAAUACACAUGUCUAUGUGAAUGGAUUGCCUGAUGAUGUUACUGCUGAGGAGGUGGUGGAAGUAUUUUCCAAGUGUGGUAUUAUAAAGGAGGACCCCGAAACGAAAAAGCCCCGUGUGAAGAUUUACGUUGAUAAAGAAACAGGUAGAAAAAAAGGGGAUGCACUCGUUUCGUACUUGAAGGAGCCUUCAGUGGCUCUGGCCAUCCAAAUAUUGGAUGGGGCACCGCUCCGUCCUGGUGGGAAGAUUCCUAUGUCUGUCAGCCAAGCUAAGUUUGAGCAAAAAGGGGAUAGAUUUAUAGCCAAGCAACUUGAUAAGAAGAAGAAAAAGAAACUAAAGAGGGUUGAAGAGAAGAUCCUUGGCUGGGGCGGACAUGACGAUGCAAAAUUGAAAAUUCCAGCUACUAUUGUUCUGCGUCAUAUGUUCACACCUGCUGAAUUGAGGUCUGAUGCAAGUCUACGCUCAGAACUGGAAGCCGAUGUUGAAGAGGAAUGUAACAAGCUUGGUCCAGUGGAAUCGAUCAAGGUAUGUGAGAAUCAUCCUCAGGGUGUUGUGCUGGUGAAAUUUAAGGAUCGGAAGGAUGGUCUAAAGUGCAUCGAACUGAUGAAUGGAAGAUGGUUUGGAGGUAAGCAGAUACAUGCCAGCGAGGAUGAUGGGUCCAUCAACCACUCCAGAGUUCGUGAUCUUGAAGCCGAUGCAGCUAGGUUGGAGCAAUUCGGAGAGGAGCUUGAAGCCGACUGAGGGCGCAAAUCCCUCUGGGUGACCGGAUUUGUCUACAGCACCAGUGUAAAACACUCAAGCUCUGUGGACCCACUGAGUUUUAUAAUAUGUAUUUUCUCACCGUACAUACAAAAGAUCCACCUGAUGGGAAGCUCUGACAAAGGGAAACAAUGUAAAACUGCUCCCAACAGAUGGUGUUGCCUGCCUAAUAUUUUGCAUCCGGCUCAUUUUUUGUAUUUUCCACUUUUCUUUGUGAGCUACACCUGAUUAAUGGGUUUGAUGGAUAAAGACCAUGGUUGCCCCAAA